UACCUAGAAGCAAUGCUGACUCUGAGGUCUGUGAAACUGGCACCCUUAAGGGCCCUUCCCAGCCCUGAGAUGCGGCUGGAUUUGGCCUGAUCCUGAGCCCCCCGCUCGGCCAGUCCGGGCUGAAUUGCUUCGGCCACGGAGGAGGAGGGACCACCGCCUACUGGGUCGGGCCAGGUACCGAGGUCCCGUUUCCGCGCCACCGCCCGGGUCUGCCCGACUCGCAGCCCCAGUCCGAUGCAGUGGUCGCCCAGAGUGCGAGUCACUUUGGUUUGGCUGGGUGUCCCCGGCCCACGUCACCUGUCUGACAGCCUCGCACCAAAUCAGAAGGCAGCGCUUGCCAGGAGCCCCGCGCGUCACCGGGAGCUCCCGCAGAUUAGAACUCGCCUCUCCUGGCUCCUCCCCUCCGUUCCAUUGAAAUCUCUCACUGACUAUAGGAAAAAGUUAACUCUGGGUUCUGUUUCUGCAUUGCUGUCUCCCACUGCAAGAUGAACACCAUUCUGCCUUGUCAAGACCAGUAUUUUUCAGGAGGCCAGAACUAUAACUGUCCGUAUUCCACUGCAACAUCAGAAUCUAGUGUUGACGUUUCCACGGAGACUUGGGUCUCUUUCUGGGCUGCUGGUCUCCUGGACAACAGUGAGCCCCAACAAGCACCGCAGACACAGGCAUCGUCCUGUGACUUGAAUUUCCCUGUUCUGGACUCCUGUUCAUGGGAAGAAUCUCAGCUCUCCUCACAGCUCUACCGAAACAAGCAGCUUCAAGAUACCCUGAUACAGAAGGAAGAAGAACUUGCUAGGCUACACGAGGAGAAUAAUCACCUGAAACAAUAUCUGAAUUCUACGCUGGUUAAAUGUCUUGAAGAAAAGGCCAAGAAAUUGCUUUCAUCAGAUGAGUUCUCCAAAGUAUGUGGGAAAUUCCGAAAGGGGAAGAGGAAACCUAAAGAGCAAAGGUACUCUCCUGCUGAGACGCCCCACCCCAAAAAUGCCAAGAGGAACCUCUCCAGUGAGUUUGCUAACUCUGUAGAACAACCUGGACCCCCUGUGGAUCCCUGGGUCCUCCAGACGCUUGGGUUGAAAGACUUUGACACCAUUGAUGACGCCAGAUCAGCUAACUACAGUGCCCUCUCCGCUCAUCCCCGAGGAGUCAGCAGUACAUUUUCCCACUUUCUAGGGGAAGCGGUUGAUUAUGAAGAUGUCCCCAGAGAAGAUCUGCCCAGUCACCGUGAAGGUGAAAGAACAGCCCUGCUACACAGUACUGCCAGCCACGGAGAAGAGCUUCACUACUUUCCUCAACUUUCAAAUCCCCCAGUGAGGGUCCGAAUGCUUCCUUAUCAGGAUGUGGAUGUGUCUCCCAACAAGACAGAGAUGGCCUUCUCCACGUCCCUGAGUCCGCACUGUAAUGUGAAGACUCAUUCUUUUCAGCAGGGACAAGCUUUUGUGCGCAGAGAUGAAGAGGGUGGCUGGAAAUUUACCUGGGUCCCUAAGCAGUCUUAGUGACCCACUCGCAUCACAGAGCAUUGCUAUGAACUCUGUUUACAAAGACCGCUCUUGCACUUGACUAUGACUAUGUGGAACCCUGAAGCUAUUACCCAGACUCUUUCCUGCCAUUUUAAAAGUUCCUUUCAGUUAUCUACUUAAAUCUGCAGGGAAUGGCUUUCAAGAAUUUAUAUGCAGAGGUAUCUGCUCUUCUUUCACCUAAAUUUGAUUUGUUUACACACCAGCACCUACGGUUCACUUCCUCUCUUUGCUUUGUACUUGAAACAGUAGUGUCCAAUUAUUGGUAUAUUUACUCAAAUUUCAGUUUUACUUUUCCAGUUAUGACCAGCUUAACAAUGUCCCUUCAUUUAUCAAGCCGUUAAAAGCUCAUAGUCCUUUUGCUUUUCUUCCUUUCCUGUUCCUCUGUCUUUCUGAGCACUGCCUUUAGAAUGAGCCCUAGUACUGGUCUAGUACUUGCUACUGAGUGUGCAAAUAGCUGAGACGGGGUAGACAUAAGUGUCUGCUCAUUGUCACUACAGAAGCUGCAAUGUGGAUGUGAGUGGCUCUGUGUCCUGGGAAGUUCAAAAACUUGAAUGCCCCAAGGUGGCAUGGGCAAAACAUCUCAAAAUAACUCCACUAAGAAGCAGUAUCAUUGAUCAGUGACAUGUUACUUUUAACAUGCCCCAUUGUAUAUCAGCUUCUCCUGGCACUUGACAUUUUUUAUUUAAUCAAAAUGGCUCAAGCAGGAAUGUUUUUGAGGAACAGUGGUAACAAAGCAAGUCAUCCUUUUAAUGUACACAAAUGUUGGUUCACAAACUAUUACUUCUGGUAGCAGAGUCUACUGGUCGUCCAUUCCUUCACUCAUCAACUCACCUGAAAUAUCUGUAGAACAUCUCAUCCAUCCACUCUGUGUCAGGCACUGUGAUACCCUCUGAGAGAUUUAGACUCUGCGCCUGCUCUUAUGAAACCUGGAAUCAUUUCCCGACUCUUAAACUUUGAGAGAGCUACUUCUCUUGCAUGAAAGUUCAUUUUUCGUAGAUGAAUAUGGCAUUCCAAAGAGAUGUUUGCUCACAUUCUAUGCAUCAAGUCAUGGUCACUUCAGCUUUUCUCCAAUGAAGUAAUUCCUGGCACCUUUCCCUUUCAUUUGGAUAAGAACUACAGAUAUUAUGUAGGGUGAACUUUACAUAUGAUAUUUUUUUAAAAAAUGAGUCAUUUGUAGUUAACCUUAGAAAUCAUUGCUCUUACUACAGCAUUCUUUUUCUACUAGGAGCCCAUUUCCUUGCUUAGUUCAGUCUGUUUGAGAGCCACUUGCAUUUAGAAAUAGAGGUACAUCAAUUUUCAAGUAAAGGUGUAUAGAGUGAUGCAACUAUUGAUAUCAUGGGUUCUUCCCUUUCUAAAUUUAAAAACCACAUGUAUUUUUAGUGCUCUUAUGAGUCCUUUCCCAUCCCUCAAGCGUCCAAAUAUUCCCAGUAAGAAAUUACACAUCAAAGACAUACACCCGUGUUUUUCAGAUCAACUUCACUCAAUGAUGAAUCCAACCAUGUUGAGUUCCACUCCCAUUUUUAUCUUCCCCAUUCCCUCUCAAAUCACCUUGCAUGAUUUAGAUUUUGUGCAUGUGCUGUUGGGAAUGCUAACAAAGACAUUCCUUUUUUUCUUUUUCUUUCUUUUUUUCUGAUUAGUUUGGUCAUGUGAACAAAACAUCUAUGUUAAAAUGUUAUACCAGUCAAUUUUCUUUAUCAGCCAUGAAGGAGAAUUCAAGAUAGUAGUUAAUAUUGUUCUCUGGAAUGUUCUCAUGGCUUGGGAAAAGCUAAGACCACAUUCAACUUUCUCAACAAAAAAAUUAAGAGUGCCUUUUGCACUCUAGUCUAGUGUCUGUGCCCCUGGUGGGUGAAAUUUUCUCUGUUUAGAAUAACAAAUUUAAGAAUUAGAAUUGACUGUAGCCUACUACACUAGGAAUUGUGUAAACAAUGUAACAGUUGUGAAAGGAAAAUAAUCAAGCUGUAAAACAAAAUCAGUUAAUGCGUUUAUUUUGCAUUUUAAAUGCCACGUUAUGUGUUGAGCACCAUGAGGAUGUAUCCAGGUUUAGCUCAGUGCAUUUGAUACAUGAAACAGAGGCACAUAAAAUAUCAUAGCUUACGAGAGCUUUUAAAUAAAACUUGGUCUCAGUCUGCUUUAAAGAAAUUAUAGAACAUUUGUGUGACAAAUUGUGACAACUUGUUCUGGCUUAUAUCAUAAAGCAUGGUGUGGAAGAAAACAAGAACACAUUCUUGCAAUCAAAACUAUAAACAUUUGGUAUUUGUUUGAAUCAUGUAUAGAGAAUUAUUUUGCUGAUAGUUGAGAAAUUAGAAGUUUCUUUCAUUUGAGUGUAUGUUCUACUAUUUAUGGUUUUAUCAUUCUUCUCCAGUAAACUACAGUUAAUAUUAAGCUAAAGUGGGAAAUAAAAACUAAAUGCUUUUGUGAUUAGGAUAAAUAUUUAUACAUUGUUCAUAACAUUUUCUAAUAAUAGAUUUUUCCUCUGGGCAUAACUGUAAUCUUAUUUAUUUGUACUUCUUUUAUAUGAGAUAUAUGGCCACAGUAAUACUAUCUUCAGCAUAAGAGCUUGAUACUUUUUUCCCAUUGACGAGGGUUUCAGACACUAGGUUGUUUAAGGGUCAGGUUCCUUAGGAGUACAGCAUUCUCUUUCUUCUCCUCACAUAAAAAUCAGAAGACAGUAUUUAUUUUUGAAAUUUCAUUUCCAAUGUCCUCUGAUCACAUGAAAAUAAAUCACUCUUGUAUCUCAGAAGUAGCUCGAAAAUAAGGACAUUUGGAAAGCCUCAGCUAUGCAGGUGACAUUUAAUGAGUGGGAUUACUUAACACUCCAAUGAUACUAACCUAUGAUUUUGAAACAUUUGAGGAAAAGAAAGUACUUGUAUUAAAAACAGGAUUGCUGAACUUCAUCUAAUUCAUAAAAAUAGAAAUUUUUUUCAGGUUUGACAAAUGGAUUCAACAACAAACUUUACUAAGGCACCACAGGUACAUCAGAAAGUAUAGUUAGUAUACCCAGUGUUAACUUUUUAUAUGUUGCUUCCUGCCUUUGAAGUUAGGACAUACAUAUAAGCAUUUGUUUCAGGUUACCAAAAGAUACACACAAUGUUAACUCGUAAAUGUCUUCAUAUUUUUUAUACUAAACCAAGCAGAUUUGGCCCUCAAGCUAUAAAUACAUUGUAUUAAUUUCAUUCCUUAAUGCAUUUUCAUAUUGUCUCUACAUUUUUGUCACACAAGCACAAACAUUCAUACUUAUAUUGGCUAUUUGACAAAUGCAAACUAUAAUUUAACACUUAAUAUUUAAAUGAUAUGAUUUAUUUGUGAUUUGUAAUAUUUCUAAUUAUAUGAGUCAGUUUUGUAAUGAGUUUAUGACUAAUAAAGAAAUGACAAAACCUC